AUGGGCAAUAUAGCAUCGUCGGAGAAGCGUGAAAGUGGGAGACUGAGGCAGCAAUCCAUAACCUCGCAAUUGUUUCCUGGGAGACACCAGGCCAGGUCAAAAAGAAGCUGGCAGCCAGAAGGGCUAUUACCAUCACACUUACCAGUUACUGAAGAACAGUCCGCAUCUGAAGAGCGAGCCCCACCGCUAUUCAAAAGUGAUUACACCUUACAUCCUAGUGGCGAGGAGCCUGCCACUCCGAAUUUAGCAGCUUUAAAAAUCGAUAGUAGGUCGCAGCCGCUGCGUUCCCCAGGCCCCUCAUUAGCUACGGUUGAGCAUUCAACAUUAGCAGCAUCUACCCCUGAGCUUGCUGUUCAGGGUCAUAGGCCUAGUAUCAAUGCUUUGAAGAAGUCUCUGUGCCAGAGCCAUCUGGCAGGUAAUGCAGGUUCAGUACUUUCUACGAGUUCUCCUAGUAUAGAUAUUCCGCCGGCGACUACUACAAGUAGCAAUCCAUUGUUGGCUGUCAGAGACGAGACACCAAAGUCUUCACCAGCUUCAGAAUCAACGCAUGAAGUAGAUGAGUUUAUUGAGAGCAGCGAGGUAGUACUGAACGAGGUGCUUGUUGAUUCUAUGGUACAAAAUGAUUUGAGGCGGAAACUUAUGCAACAGAAUCAUUCCAAUAGCACGCCAUCUAUGCUUAGCGCCAAAAAGCAUCCUUUGUCCUGUGUAUCGCCUAAGAAAUCAACUUUGGAAGCUGUAGAACCAGUGGACCAGGAGGCGACGUCGCUUAUAGCUAGUGAGGAUGCCGCGGAGCCCAAAAGUACUAAACCGGCUUCUGGAAAACAGCCUCAGUCAUCUGAAAUUCGCUCUGCAGAGGUGCCAAAGGAUAGGUUUGUGCAUGUUAUAUUGAAAUGGAGAGACACUGUGCUAGAUUCGAAGUCUAAAAUCUUAGUCAUAAGUAAUGACAUUGCAUCUGUCGUUCAACCUGAUACGAAGAGGAAUAAAAUUCCAAUGGUUUAUUCUAAGGAGGAGCAAUGCUGGACAGUACCCGACUUGAAGUUACCCGCUGGGAUCUAUAAGCUGCAGUUUUAUAUUAAUGGUGAGAUCAGACAUUCAAACUAUUUGCCAACAGCUACCGAUUCAUUAAGUACCAUUGUUAACUGGUUUGAAGUGAUACCUCUAUAUGAUGAAAUAGAACCUUAUCGAGACGCUGCAAUUCAACCUUACCCGAGUAAGGAGCAUUCCCGUAGUGAGAAUGCCUUGUCAUUUAUGAACGAGCUGCCCUCGCCGCCAGCAGUAAGGCCACCAUUGGUCAACCGUGGUGGGUCCUCUUUCAGUAGAGCGCGAGCUAUCGAACGUUCUAAUACACCUAUCUCAGAUUACACUGGUGUUUUGAGUCGCAAUGAGUCUGUGAAAACAGUUCUGAGUCUGAACAAUUUAGAUUUGGGCCCCCAUAACUCAAAGACAUCAAAUCUGGUUUAUAGCAGUGACAUUCCUGAGCUGUUCAAGGUGACCCCCGCUAAAACGGAUUCUGAAGGAACCACGCCGGAGUCAACUUCGGAGGAUCCAACUCCGGCACCUACUGAUGCUGACGCACCUAGUUUCACAAAUAAUGUUCAGGAUUGCAACCAAGAUGAACUGUUCCGUUAUCUUCAGGAAGACUGGAAUAUGAGUGCUCAAGAGGCUGAAGAAGUAUUUUUGGAAAAGUACACUGUUCCAGACCUACCGGUGUAUCUGAACUCAACCUAUUUGAAUGAAAUAUUUAAUAAAUUGCAGCAGAACAAUUCGAUGAGUGACUUGGCCAAGCGUAAAUCAUUGACUCACAUAAUCCCUCACGUUAACCUUAAUCACCUACUAACCAGCAGUAUAAGAGAUGAGAUUAUUAGUGUUGGUUGCACUACAAGGUAUGAGGGUAAAUUCAUCACGCAAAUUAUGUAUGCUCCGUGUUAUUACAAAAAAUAA